AUGGUUUCCAGUUUUAAUAAUGCACAUUUAAAUAUAAAAAAAAAAUGUCUACAGAAAGAAAAUAGGAUUCAUAUGAAUCCAAAUAUAGAACAGGGAACAGAACUAUCUAAUGAACUAUAUCUUCAAUUUCAAAAAGAAAUAAAUAUAUUCAUAAAUUGCAUAAAUGAUCAUGAAAAAAAAGACAAAGAAAAAAAUUAUGUAGAUACUUCCCAUGUAAUGGUUGGUUCUGAAGAUGAAUUCAUUUUUUAUUUAAGAAACAUACAAGAUAACCAAAAGAGAGAAAAUAAGAUAAAAGAAAAACAAUUACAAAAUUAUAACAUUAAUUGGAAUGAGUACAGUAAGAAUUAUAGAACAACAGCAAAUAAAUGGAACGAAUGUGAUAUAUAUAAAAAACAAAAGAAAAAAAAAAUAAAUUAUAGUUCUAAUUCUAUAUGCAAAAAUAAUGAAAAAACAAUUUUCGAAAAUAUGUUAAAUAAAAAUGAAAAAAUUUUAAAUAACAAAAUUUCAGAAAUAAUAGAAUUUGGAAAAAAACGAAAUGAUCCAAAUAUAUACAAAUGUGUAGAUAGAAGUAAUUAUACUUAUUUAAAAAAUUAUAAAUUAAAAGGUUAUAAGAAUGGAUAUAUGAAUAUAUCUAACGAUUAUAAUGAGCUUAAUAAUAUGAAUAUAUAUAAUUGUGAUGAGGAAGCUGAUAUAUGGAAUACAUUUAUGUUUACAAUAAAUGAUUCAAAGGAUUCAAAAAUGAUUAUAGCUAAUUUUGUAAAUAAAAUUAAAGAUAACAAUCAAAAACAAAACAAUGACGAUAUGACUCUAACAGAUAUCACAUUCAAAAAAUAUACCCAUAAAAAAAAAAACAAAAAUUCAUAUCAAAGAAUAAACAAUAAUUAUACUCAACAUUUAAAUUUUAAGAACAUAAAUAUGCAGAACGAACAAAAAACAUGCUUAUCAACAUGCAAUAACGAAUCUAAUGUUUUUAGAGAAUAUGAAAAUAUAGUUAAAAAAAAUGAAAAAAUACUCAUAUUAUUAUAUAAAAUUAUUUAUAAAUUAAACAUAUUAGAUAUUAAUAAAAAAUUUAAUAAAAAAAUAGAAGAUGUAGUUAAUAUUUAUAUAAUAAAAGUAAACAACAUUAUUAGUACAUAUAAAUUAUUAUUACAAUAUGAUAAUAUUCAAAGCAGAAAAAUGCUUGAAUAUUAUUUAAAAAAAAAUGAAAUAAAAUUAUUGAAAAAUAUACUCAAAUAUAUAAUUCAACUUAUGAGUGAAAUUAAACGUCAAUAUAGUGGAAUAAAAAAACAAAUACAAAAAAAAAUUAUGGAAAUACAAAAGGUAGCUUCUUAA